AUGACCUGUAGAUGCGUUGCAGGGUCUGUUUGCAGCCUGAAGUUUGUGACUCUCUUAGUGGUCUUAAAUGCAGAAUUUUUAUCCCUGGGAACCAACGUGCAGCUUCAAGACAAUGGAUAUGAAGGAUUGCUUAUUGCAAUCAAUCCUCAGGUACCAGAGGACCAGAACCUCAUCCCAAACAUUAAGGAGAUGAUAACUGAAGCUUCUUUUUACCUAUUCAAUGCUACCAAGAGAAGAGUGUUUUUCAGAAGUAUAAAGAUAUUAAUCCCCACUACAUGGAAAGCUAAUAAUUACAGCAAGGUAAAACAAGAAUCAUAUGAGAAGGCAAAUAUCAGAGUGACUGCUUGGAAUGGGGCUCAUAAAGAUGAUCCAUACACCUUACAAUACCAAGGAUGUGGAAAAGAAGGAAAAUACAUUCAUUUCACAUCAAACUUCCUACUGAAUGAUGACUUGAUAGCUGGUUAUGGACCACGAGGCAGAGUGUUUGUCCAUGAAUGGGCCCAUCUCCGAUGGGGUGUGUUCGAUGAAUAUAACAAUGAAAAACCUUUCUAUAUAAAUGGAAAAAACAAAAUUAAAGCAACAAGGUGUUCAUCUGACAUCACAGGUGUUUUUGUGUGUGAAGAAGGCCCUUGUCUCCAAGAAAACUGCAUUAGUAAGCUUUUCAAAGAAGGAUGCAUGUUUAUAUACAACAGGACCCAAAAUGCAACAGCAUCUAUUAUGUUCAUGCAAAGUUUAUCUUCUGUAGUUGAAUUCUGUAAUGCAAGUAUCCACAACCAAGAAGCUCCAAACCUACAGAACCAAAUGUGUAGCCUCAGAAGUACAUGGGAUGUCAUCACAGAUUCUUCUGACUUCAGUGACAGCUUUCCCAUGAAUGGGACAGAGCUUCCACCUCCUCCCACAUUCUUUUUUGUACAAGAUGGUGACAAGGUGGUCUGUUUAGUGCUGGAUGUGUCCAGCAAGAUGGCAAAGGCUGACAGACUUCUUCGAAUACAACAAGCAACAGAAUUUUACUUGAUGCAUAUUGUUGAAAUUUAUACUUUUCUGGGAAUUGUAACUUUCAGUAGCAGAGGAGAAAUCAGAGCACAGUUACACCAAAUCAACAGCGAUGAUGACCGAAAGCAAUUGGUUUCAUAUUUACCUACCACUGUAUCAACUGAAGCAGAAACCAGCAUCUGCUCAGGACUUAAGAAGGGAUUCGAGGUGGUUGAAAAACUAAAUCGAAAUGCCUAUGGCUCUGUGAUGAUAUUAAUUACCAGUGGGGAUGAUGAGUAUAUUGGUGAUUGUCUACACACUGUUAUCAGUAGUGGAUCAACCAUUCAUUCCAUUGCCCUGGGUUCAUCUGUAUUAGAAAACUUGGAGAAAUUAGCACAACUAACAGGAGGCUACAAUUUCUUUGUUCCAGAUAAAUCAAACUCUAAUAACAUGAUUGAUGUUUUUAGUAGGAUUUCGUCUGUAACUGGAGACAUUUUUCAACAAUGGAUCCAGCUUGAAAGUACAGGUGAAAGUGUUAAACCUCACCAUCAACUGAAGAAAACCGUGAGUGUGGAUAGUAGUGUGGGAAACCACACUACCUUCCUUAUUACAUGGCAGACAGGUGGUCCCCCUGAUAUUGUGCUUUCUGAUCCUCAUGGAAGAAGAUACUACACACGUGAUUUUAUAACCAAUCUACCUUUUCAAACUGCUUGCCUCUUGAUUCCAGGAAUUACUACGCCAGGACUCUGGACUUACACACUGAACAAUACCCACUUUUCUAGCCAAGCUCUGACAGUGACAGUGUCUUCUCGUUCCUCUCAUUCAACCACCUCUCCUACCACUGUGGAAGCCUUUGUGGAAAGAGACAGCACCCAUUUCCCCCAUCCUGUGAGAAUCUAUGCAACUGUGAGAAAGGGCUUUUACCCCCUUCUCCAUGCCACUGUGACUGCUAUAAUUCAGCCACAGACUGCAGAUCCUAUUACGCUGAGACUUUUCGAUGAUGGUGCAGGUGCUGAUGUUAUAAAAAAUGAUGGAAUUUAUUCAAGGUAUUUUUUCUCCUUCACUGAGAAUGGUAGAUACAGCUUGAAAGUGCAUGUCAGUCAUUCAUUUGGCAUAAGCACUCUAGCCAACUCUGUUCCAGGGAGUCAUGCCAUGUACAUACCAGGUUACAUAGAAAAUGGAAAUAUCCAGAUGAAUGCCCCACAAAAAUCAGUGGGCAUGAAUGAAGAGGAUCAAAAGUGGGACAUUAGUCGAGUAAGCUCUGGGGGCUCAUUUGCUGUGAAGGGGGUUCCAAAUGACCCCCAUCCUGAUGUGUUUCCUCCAUGCAAAAUUAUUGACCUGGAAGCCGCAAGAGUGGAAGGCGAAGUGACUUUAUCUUGGACAGCACCUGGAGAAGACGUUGAUCAGGGGAGGGCUAACAGCUAUGAAAUAAGAAUGAGUAAAGAUCUACAGAAUAUUCGUGAUGACUUUAACAGUGGCAUUUUAGUGAACACAUCAAAGCUAAAUCCUCAGCAAGCUGGAACCAAGGAGAAAUUUACGUUUUCACCAUAUCUUUUUACAAAUGAACCUGAGAAUCAUCUUGAUGAAGAUACUCAAGAGCACAGAAUUUAUGUGGCAAUAAGAGCAAUUGAUAAGAACUCUUUAAAGUCUGCUGUAUCUAAUAUUGUCCAAUUAUCUUUCUUUACUCCCCAAAAUUCUGCUACUGUAUCUUUCAAAAAGAGUCUUAUAUUGAAAGGAGUUUUGACAGCAAUGGGUUUAAUAGUAAUCAUUUGUUUGAGUAUAGUUGUAAUACACUUUAAUUUAAACAAGAAUAAAAGACCAGACAAGAGUGAAAAUGGAACAAAAUUGUUAUGAUCAAAGGUACAAAAUCUUAAAUGUAG